CCGCACAAAAGUAAACAAGUUGCACUAAAUAAAGUUGCCGCUGGUUUUUAAUGAAUUCUGCAUAUAACUUUGCAAGCAAAACGAAAGAAAAUGUCCGCUAUAGACGGCAUUUACUCCUUGCGGCUUGUAAUUGCCGAUUUUUACCUGGAAAAACCCGUAUUUGGCCUGGAUCCCUGCUACUCCGAGUUGCGCGGCAAGGAAAUUAAGCGCGUGCCCAUAGUGCGUAUAUUUGGCGCCAAUGCCAAUGGCCAAAAGUGCUGCAUGCAUGUGCAUGGCGUCUUCCCCUACUUUUAUAUACCCUACGAUAAGCGGGACUUUGAAUCUGUCGAACGCGGCAUACUGCAAAUAGCCAUGCACUUGGAUAAGGCCAUCAAUAUAUCCUUGGGCCAAGGCAGCUCCAAUGCGCAGCAUGUCUUUAAAAUCCAAUUGGUAAAGGGCAUUGUCAACUCCUUCUCAAGUCCUUUCUAUGGCUAUCAUCGCACCGAGCAUCAGUUUUUUAAGAUUUUCAUGUUCAAUCCGCGCUUCGUGCGACGCGCCGCCAAUUUACUGCAAAGCGGCGCCAUAUUGAGCAGAAACUUCAAUCCCCACGAAUCGCAUGUACCCUACAUUCUGCAAUUUAUGAUUGACUACAAUUUGUACGGCAUGAGCUAUCUGCAUGUGCCGCUCGAGGUGGUCAAGUUUCGCAGGCAUACGGAUGAAGACGUUGUGCCCUAUGCGAAUGUGAAGCCGGAGCAGCUGCUGGACACCAGUUGCGUUAAGAAGAUCGCCUGCAGCGCCUUGGAGGUGGAUAUCAAUUCCAAUUUCAUACUGAAUCGCUUUCAACUGGUCACAAAAAGCAACACGACGCACACAAAUCCCGGCAUCGAGGCCAUUUGGCAUGAUGAGCACGUGCGCCGCCAGAAGCUGGCCCAAAGCUAUGGCGCCGAUAGCCAGAAACUAAAUGCGCUGCCCGUGCUGCAAGUGCCGCCCACACAGGAGCGUCCCAAUGUGGAGGUAGCCGAAAGCGAUAGCUUCUAUCGCGCUGCGCUGGAGAGCAAGCUGUUGUCCUUGGAGCAGACACUGAGCUCAGAUCAAACUCUGUCCGAUCAGACGCAGAUCAGCCAUGCGAAUGUUACGCUCCAGACCAGCGCCAAGGAGCAGCGACGUCAAUUCAAUCUGCAAAAGCUGCUGGUCAAUGCAGUUUAUCCCGAUGAAUGCACCCAGGAUGCACAGCAGCUGCUGAUGAAUGCAUCUGUCAUACAAAAUCAUUUAUCGGGCAGCGGCAGUCUGCAGAGCCUGGUGCCGGAUGUGGCCAACAGCGAGGCUGCCUUUCUGGACGACACGCUCGUGGACGAGCAGCUCAUGGAGACAGAGGGUCCAGUGCCACAUGACGCUACCUUGCGCGAGGAGGAUUUGGAGCUGCUUGAGGUGUUGCAGCAGCUGGAGGAGGAGCAGAACGCAAAUGAAUCGCACAUCGAUUUGGACAGCUCGCUGGCGCCGCUCUCGCAGCAGCACAAACAAUUUGAGCUUACGCCUGAGCUGCUGGACAAGCAGACGGCAGCUGCAGCCGCGCAGCAGCCGCUGUCCGAAGACGAAAGCGACAAUUCGGACGAGGACAACACCGCGGGCAACAUGCACGACUUUUCCGUUGCUCUGGAUGACAUUGACGAGCUGUUACUUAAGCUAACUCAGAGUCAGCCCAAGCCUCAGACGAAGUCUAGUCAGUCCCCGCAAAUGCCGCAAAUCGAUGGCGCCGAUGAUCAGCUGCCCCGCACGCCCACCAAAGCCAAGUCCAAGACGCAACAACGGACUCCGCCGCGCACGCCCACGACACCGAAAAGUCGCAUCAGCAUGCAGCAGCCGCGUACGCCCAAGUCCAGUGCGGCCAAAAAAUAUGCGCCGCUGCCACUGACCAUAACCAGCCGAUCCGCACAGAAGCAGGCGGAGGCAGCAGCUGCAACGCCCCCAGCGAGCAGCGCCGUCAAGACGCGCCUUAGCCAACAGCUAGAGGCGGGCGGCAGAAGCCCCGCUGUAACGCUGCGCAAGAAACUGGCCAUGACUGAGUUGCGCCGCAAGACAAUCUCUGCAGAGUCUUUUACUGAGAUGUGCAACAAAGCAGCGCAACCGGAUGAGCCUUCACCCCUACGCCGUAGCACGCGCAGUCGCACGCGUGAUUUGGACAAAACGCACAUCAUAUGCUCCCUGACACCACGUCGCAGAAAUUCUCGCAUUUCGGAAGUCUUUGAGUCAGCGAACAAUUCAACAAGCACAGCUGAGACUUCAGUGGAGCAGAAGAAACCACGUCGCAGUGCACGCCACAGCGCCAAGCAGGAUGCAGAGGAGCGACCUAUCGCUAAGGCAGCGCCUAGUUUGGAAAUAAUUAAUAAGGCAACGGACUCGCCCGCUGUAACUAGCGACGAUGAGGCAAUUGUAUCUGACACAGAGAGCGAUAGAUCUGUGGCUCAGCUACGCAAGACGCCAAAUUUGCGACGAUUGCGACGCAGCUUUCGCGAAUCAUUGCUGGCAAAGAGAACGACGCCAGCGAGUAAUGAAAGUAUAACGUCAGCGAGUGCAAUAAGUGCAGCUAAAGCGAGAACAAUGUCAGUUACUAAAACAAGAGCGAGUGUUAUAAGUCAAAUUCCAGCGAGUGCAGUAGCAAGUCCAAUGCCAGAGGGUGAAAUGGCAGCAAGUGCUAAAAGUCAAAUUUCAGCGAGAGAAACGACAAUGAGUACAAAAACUGACAUAAGUCUAAUUCCAGCGAGUGAAACGCCAACGAGUACAAAAAGUCAAGCUUCAACGAGAUCAAUUAAUUGCACUCCUGCGAGUAAAUCAUCGAGUAAAAUAUCAACGAGUAAUACGACAGCGAGUACAACAACUAAUAUAAGUAAAAUUUUAGCGAGUGAAACGCCAACGAGUACAAAAAGUCAAGUCCUAGCGAGUCCAAUGCCAGCAAUGAAGUGCACUCCAACGAAUAAAUUUUCAGCGAGAACAAUUCGCACUCCAGCGAGUAAGGCACCAGCGAGUAAGACACCAGCGAAUCCAACUCCUCCACUCAACAAUGCACCCGAAGAAGAUAUGAGUGAAGCAAUUGUGACACCACAAUGUAGUCCACAGAGCAUGGCCAGUAAUACUCCGGAGCUAAUGAAAAGUUUCUAUGAGCACUCGUUGAUUGUGAACAGUCCGUCCGUAUUCAGCGACGAUUUGGGCAGUCCGCAGCUGCCCGUGCCAUGUAAAUUUCUGGCCAGGCCCAGCGGCAGUUCAAGCAACUCCGCAGAUCGCAACACGUUUGUAAUUGCGCCACUAGAGCUGCCGCCCAGCUAUGAGGAAGUGCUGCAGAGCUGCCGCAAACUGGACAUACCCGAGUACGUGUUCCAGCAGCCCUUCUAUAGCAAUCCCGCCGAUGUUAGCAAAAUGACCGAGGUGGGAUUUCUGGUGCUGCGCAUACCGGGCAACAAGCUCAACGAUUUGGAGCCCUUUCAAAGCUGCGUCCUGGCCAGCCAUCAGGGUCUGGCGGCCUGGCGACGCAGGCAAUUGGUGGGCAUUGCCGGACCAGUCAUAUUGCAGCGCUAUCGCAACGAGCAGCAGGUGCGGGAGUACUUCAGCAGCGAGCAGCGGCUGGUCAUGGAGCCGGCAAUGAGUCCGCCUAGCCGGCAGGACGCCAAGUUGUGGCUAAAAGCGCGGGAGCUGCACAAGCAGCGCCAAGGCGAGCAGGUGGAGGAGGAGGAGCUGCGCCCGCUGGGCAACGAUGUGGAUAGCCCCAUUAAAAUCAAGCGCCAGAAAAUAACCAUGAUGCUCAACGAAGGCGAUGGCGAGAGCGCGGCAAGCGGCGAUGAGGACGGAGAGCCAAAUUGCAGUCGCCUAACCCUGACGCCCAUGUCGCAGACGCCAGCAACGCCUCAGCCCGCUGUCAGAGGUAAGCAGCAGGCGAAGGAAACGCCGCUUAGCGGCAAGAUGCGCGCCAGACGCGGCACGAAACUUCAAUUUCCGGCAGAACAGGAUGAGCCGCCAGGCAACAGUCAGUCGAGUGAGCAGAGCGUCGCCAGCAACGACGCCUUGGAUGCACUGGAGCGCAGCUCGUUUGUGCGGCAGCUGGACAGCCUGAGCAGCGGAAGGAACAGUCAUGAGCUCAGCUUUGGGCUGACCAAUGCGACGCUGGACAAUACCUUUGGCUUUAAGGUUAAUCUGGAGAAUCUGCAGCAGGCCAAGGCGGACAUUGAGUGCAACUAUUUGACCACCAUGACGCUGGAGCUGUUUGUGCCCAGCCGUGACGACCUGCAGCCGGAUCCGCUGUACGACGAGAUACGCUGCAUAUUCUAUGCCAUAGAGCACAGCCUGCCGGCCGCAGCUGGAGCGGAGCAGCAGUCGCUGCCCAGCAAGGCCUGCGGCUAUAUUAUAGUCAGCGAUGCCCAGGAUUUGGUCAGCGAGGGACGACAUCAUGGCCUGGACGCCGACAUUGAGCUGCAGGUGGUGCAGAGCGAGGCGCAGGCUUUUGAGGCGCUGCUGGCGCUCUGCACGCGCUGGGAUGCGGACAUCUAUGCCGGCUACGAGAUUGAAAUGAGCUCCUGGGGCUACAUCAUUGAGCGAGCCAAGCACUUGUGCUUCAAUAUUGCGCCCCUGCUGUCGCGUGUGCCCACGCAAAAGGUGCGCGACUUUGUGGACGAGGACCGCGAAUCGUUUACGGAUCUCGAUGUGGAGAUGAAGCUCUGCGGUCGCAUCUUGCUGGACGUCUGGCGUCUGAUGCGCUCCGAGAUCGCGCUCACCUCGUACACCUUCGAGAAUGUCAUGUAUCACAUUCUGCACAAGCGUUGUCCCUGGCACAGUCCGCGCUCCCUGACAGAUUGGUUUGCCUCGCCCUGCACGCGCUGGAUUGUGCUGGAGUAUUAUUUGGAACGUGUGCGCGGCACCUUGGCGCUGCUCGACCAGCUGGAUCUGCUGGGACGCACCAGCGAGAUGGCCAAAUUGAUUGGCAUACAGUUUUACGAGGUGCUCUCGCGCGGCUCACAGUUUCGCGUGGAGAGCAUGAUGCUGCGCAUAGCGAAGCCCAAGAAUCUGGUGCCGCUCUCGCCGAGCGUGCAGCAGCGCGCGCACAUGCGUGCACCGGAGUAUCUGGCGCUCAUCAUGGAGCCCGAGUCACGUUUCUAUGCUGAUCCCCUCAUCGUGCUGGACUUUCAGAGCCUCUAUCCGAGCAUGAUCAUAGCCUACAACUAUUGUUUCUCCACUUGUUUGGGCCGGGUCGAGCAUCUGGGCAGCAGCACCCCUUUCGAGUUUGGCGCCUCGCAGUUGCGUGUCUCGCGUCCGUUGCUGCAGCAGCUGCUGGAACGCGAUCUGGUCACAAUCUCACCCUGCGGCGUCGUCUUUGUGAAGCGGCAGGUGCGCGAGGGCAUCUUGCCGCGCAUGCUCAGCGAAAUACUGGACACUCGGCUGAUGGUGAAGCAAUCGAUGAAGCUGCAUCGCGACAGCACCGCGCUGCAGCGUGUGCUCCAUUCACGGCAGCUGGGCUUGAAGCUGAUGGCAAAUGUCACCUAUGGCUAUACGGCGGCCAAUUUCAGUGGUCGCAUGCCCGCCGUCGAGGUGGGCGAUACGGUGGUAUCCAAGGGCCGUGAGACGCUGGAGCGUGCCAUCAAACUGGUCGAGACGCACGAGAAGUGGAAUGUGCGCGUCGUCUACGGCGACACGGACUCAAUGUUUGUCCUGGUGCCCGGACGCAAUCGUGCGGAGGCCUUUCGCAUUGGCGAGGAAAUUGCACAGGCGGUCACUGAAAUGAAUCCGCAUCCGGUCAAACUGAAGCUGGAGAAGGUCUAUCAGCCGUGCGUGCUGCAGACCAAAAAACGCUACGUCGGCUACAUGUACGAGACGCCCGACCAGCAGCAGCCGGUCUACGAGGCCAAGGGCAUCGAGACGGUGCGACGUGAUGGCUGUCCAGCGGUGGCCAAAAUGCUGGAGAAGGUGCUGCGGCUGCUCUUCGAAACGGCGGACGUCAGUCGGAUCAAGCAGUACGUGUGCCGGCAGUUCACCAAGCUGCUCUCCGGACGCGCCAAUCUGCAGGAUCUCAUCUUUGCCAAGGAGUUUCGCGGCCUAAACGGCUAUAAGCCCACAGCCUGUGUGCCUGCGCUGGAGAUGACGCGCAAAUGGAUGCAAAAGGAUCCCAGACGCGUGCCGCGUCGCGGUGAACGUGUCCCCUUUUGCAUAAUCAAUGGUCCGCCCGGCGUGCCGCUGAUACGUCUGGUGCGCAGUCCGCACGAGGUGCUCGCCAACGAGGGCUACAAAAUCAAUGCCAUUUACUAUAUAACCAAGGCUAUAAUUCCGCCACUGAAUCGCUGCCUGCUGCUCAUCGGAGCGGAUGUGAAGGAUUGGUUCAGCAAUUUGCCGCGCAGGCUGCUCAUGACACCGGCUCUGUCAACAGCUGGUGAGCUGAUGAAUCGCGGCAGCGCCAAGUCCACCAUAUCGCAAUAUUUCUCAACGACCAGCUGCAUCAUCGACUGCGGCCGCCAGACCAAGGCGGGCAUCUGCACGGAUUGUGCCCGCAAUGCCAGCAAGUGCGUCGUCACGCUGCAGGCCAAGCUGGCGCAGCUGGAGCGCGGCUACAGGCUAACCCAGCAGAUAUGCCAGGCCUGUUGCGGCCGGUUGGGUGAGCUGCAAUGCGGCUCACUGGACUGCCCGGUGCUGUAUGUGCUGGAGGUGAAGCGGCGGGAGCUGCAGCAGACGCCGCACAUACGCAAACAGCUGGAGGAACGCUUCAACUAGUUCAAUAUCGCUUGUAUAUAUGUAAAUAUAUAUUGGAAACCUAGAAA